AUGAAAUUGAUAUUAGAUAUCGGUGGGGCUGAAGAGGUGACUUUUGGCCCUGAAGAUGAAAUCCGGGGUACAUUGAACAUUCUUGGCCACGGCGGCCAGGCUUUGUCCCAUCUAAGGGCUACUUUUGGCGGUCGACUCACGAUUUCCAUACCGGCGCAGAUUGCUGGCCCUAAUCCAAGCAAUUUGGAAUUUACGCUAUUCGAGGAAAAUAAAGAAUUCGGACAUGAUGCCACAUCAAACAAGGAUGAUCCCGUCAAUGGCAUUUACAUUGUCCCAUUCAGUUUUAAAUUUCCCUCUCAUACCCCAUGUUUCAGGCAUAAACACGCUUUACAUCUACCUCCAUCAAUGAACAUUCGCGAAGCAGAAUCAAGAAUUCGGGUCGAAUACUACGUUGUCGGAGCCGUGGAUCGACAAAUAUUUGGCCCUUUAUCCAAGACGACGAGAGUUGUCAAAGCAUUAAAAUUCUGCAACAACGCUCCCAUCAACAGGUCGCCUGUUCUACAGCCUAAUGCCAGCCUGCCAUUGAUACUGCGACAGAAGGAUGGCUCAGGACGGCUCGAAGAUGGAAUCGACGGGCUGCCAGCAUACACACCAUCUAUACGCGUUGAGGCACUCCUCCCAAACCCACCAGUUCUCUUCAGAGGACAGGCGAACCCCAUCAAGUUCAUCUUACACACUCCGCCGGAGAUAGUGGGUAAAAUAUUCAUUCGAACGGCAAAUAUCAUCUUCAAAACUUCCACAGCAACCGUUGUCGAAUCAGUUACCCGGCGCGUGGAUGAGAAAUGCUUAGGAGCAAGCACAUCUGGAAUUAUCCCUGUCGAUUCAGAGAGGCUGGUUCUUGAUUCAGGUACCUGGGAACGACUUUUCAAACUCAACUUAAAACCGUCAUUCGAAUCAUGCGUGAUGCAGAUAAAGCACUCAGUUGAAAUCAAAGUCGGCAUAUCGAUUGGAUCUGAAGGAAGCAUCUAUUAUACUUCAUCUUUGCUGGAUGUGCUAAUAACGGAUCCACCACCGGCGUAUGAAGAUGCUGAAUGA